AGCUGCCUGGCCUGCUCCGCCAGGGUUCUCGGGGCCUGACAGCUCGGGCUGGUCCUAGUUGCUCGGCGCUGGGGCUCCAGGUUCUCCUGGGUUCCCUGGCUCGUCCUGUGCCGGGCGCGGCGCUUCGGCUAGGCAGGAUCAUCAACACCAUGAGCACGGUGCACCCGAUGGUGCUUGUGCUGGUCGAGAUGGCAAGGCGCAUGCCGAAGUGGGCCCAGGCAGAGGGGCGCCACGUGGCCCUCUGGAGCAGGUCUAACGACGCACUGGUAGUGGCCGCGGCGCCACCCUUCCGCGGCGCUGGUCCGCCGGGCGGCCUCGACAAUUGCAUCGACCACGCGGCCUGGACUAUCGCAGGACAGCUGCUCCCGCAGGGCCGGCUGCGGCUCGAGCCGCCCGGGGAGCUGAACGCUGUGCGCGCCGUCCUCAGGGGCUGGCGCAUCCGCGACGCCGCCCCGGAUUGGGCGGCGUGGAAGCGCCUUUUCAGCGGCGCGGUCAUGGGGCCGAUGGUGCGCUCAGCCUUCGCCCGGGAGGCUUGUCGCGCAGCGGGGCGGGUGACCGACGCGAGGCCUGCUUUCGUCAGCGAGUUCAUCCGGGCGAGGAUGGUGCGGUUCAACGCGAGGUUGUUCCAGGUCGAGCGCGUGCUGGCCGCGCCCCCGCGCCCCUCGUCGCAGGGGCCCCCGUCGAUUCCGCCCCGGCAGCGCUGGGGCGAUGGGGGUGGCUCGCAGCGGCGACGCAGCAGGCGGCUCAGGAUGGCGACCAUCUCUGCCGCCACCGUGCUGGCGGCGCACUGGCAGCAGGGCGCCGAUCGGUUCGCGUGGGCGCGCG